AUGGACUUUGAAGAGAUAAUUAAAGCACUAGGCGAUUUUGGACCUUAUCAAAAACGUGUUUAUUUCCUUAUGUGCUUAACUUCAACGUUCACAGCUGUUCAAGUCAUGGCAACUGUCUUCACCUUUGGUGUUCCUGAUCACAGAUGCAGUAUACCAGGUGUAGAGAAUGAUACUUAUAAUACAGGGAGCUUUUCCUCUCAGGAAUAUCAUUAUAAUAAUAGCAUUUACAGAGAAUGUACAAUAACAGAAGCUUCUGAUAAUACAACAUCAACUAAUCCAAAUGUCUGUCACCAAUGGGUUUAUGAUAAGUCAGUGUUCGAAUCGACCAUAGUAUCAGAUAUGGAUCUAGUGUGUGAUAAAAAGUUAGGUAAAUCUCAUGCUCAGAUGCUGAUUAUGUUGGGACAAGUUACUGGUUGUGUACUGGUUGGUCCAUUAUCAGACCUAUUUGGAAGAAGAUCAAUGUUGAUGACAUUUCUUAUCAUUCUGAUCAUAUCCUCCAUUGCUGUAACGUGGACACCAAUGAUAGGCUUACAUUUAACCUUGGCAUUUUAUUUCUUUAUUGGAACGAGUAUAUCAGGAAGUUUCACUCCAGCGUUUGUUAUAGGUUUAGAAUUGGUGGGGCCAUCUAAGAGAGUAUUCACCGGAAUAAUAACAGAACUAUUUUGGUCUGCUGGUUUAGUUAUAUUAUCCGGGGUAGCCUACUGGAUUAAAAACACCCAAUAUCUUCAAUUAGUUAUAUCAGUUCCUAGUUUAACUUUGAUUUCUUUUUUCUGGUUUGUUACGGAAUCACCAAGAUGGCUGAUAAAUAAAGGUCGAUACAGAGAAGCUGAAAAGAUAAUCCGUGAAGCAGCUAGAGUCAAUAAAGUUGUUCUUCCAGAAAGAAUAUUUAGAGGUCGUUCCAGAUCUAAAGAUGUCAAACAAAUGUCCAUUUUGAAAAUAUUUUCUUCAAAGAUUCUUUUAUCCAGAACAUUAGUUUUAUAUUUCAUUUGGGCCGUAUGCAGUUUAACCUUUUAUGGACUAUCUUUAAAUGCUGGUAGUUUAAGUGGCAGUGUGCAUCUGAAUUUUUUCCUAUUGUCGGUAAUUGAAAUCCCAGCGUAUAUAAUAUGUAUUGUAUUAUUGGAUCGUAUUGGUCGGCGAUUUUUACAGUGUGGUUCAUUGUUACUUAGUGGUACUUGUUUAUUAUUAUCAGUAUUUACUGUAUUAUAUACCGAUAAAUCUUUAGAAUGGAUCACUACAUUAUUAGCUGUAAUUGGUAAAAUGGGUGUCACAGCUGCAUUUGCUAUAAUAUGGAUAUAUACAACAGAAUUAUACCCUACUGUUUUAAGGAAUUCUGGUGUAGGAUCGAGUAAUCUGAUGGCUAGAAUUGCUGGUGCUAUCUCGCCUUAUAUAGCUAACCUGCAAACAUUUCUUGAUGGAGACAUUGGUAAAGUGGCUCCGUUGAUAAUAUUCGGGUUAGCUUCAGUAUUAGCAGGUUUAUUAAUGUUAUUUUUACCAGAAACUAAAGGUAAACGAUUACCAGAAACAGUUGAAGACGCGGAACAGUUUACUCAGUAA